AUGCCUCUAAUAAGAUGGCUAUUGAACGUAGAGCCUCUGUGGAAUACACCUGAGGAGUUCAACGAAGCACUAAACCACCUCCCACUCCCAACCCACGAGAACAUCCUCAAAUACCACCAACCUAACGAUCGAAAACUAGCUUUAGGCUCCCAACUCCUCCAACAUUUGAUCGUAUGCCGAUACCGUCACAUUCCAUUCCGUGAUGUCCGGAUUGUCAAACACUUUGGGGGUAUAACUGGUGGUAGACCGGUAUUUAUCGGUAAUGACGAUGAUGGGGUUGAAGGACUUGAAUAUAAUGUUUCACAUCAUGGGAGUGUAGUUGGGAUUAUAUCACGACUAUUACCGCCUAAAGAUUGUGGGGAUGGUGAGGAUGGUGGGGAUGAAGGUGGUGGAGUUGGGGUUGACGUAUUGGAGUAUGAGAAACGGCCGCAUUAUGUAGAGGGGACUUUGGAAGGGGUGAGGGAGUGGGCUGGGGGGUUUGAAGAGGCGCAGGUGUUUACUGGGAGGGAGAUGGGGGUUAUUUACGCUGCUGCUGCUGGUUUAAGCGGGGAAGAUGAGGAGGGAAAGAAGGUGGAAGGGGUGGUUAAAGCGGUACAUUUGAAUUGGGUGGUUAAGGAAGCUUAUGUUAAGGCUGUUGGGACGGGGUUGGUUACUGAUUUGACGGCUGUGGAGUUUGGAUUGGUGGGGGUUGCGGGGAGGGUUGAAGCCGGGGAGAGGGUUGAUGAUGUUGAGGUUUGGAUCGGGACGGGGGAGAAGAGGAGGGCGGGGGAAUGGUAUUUUGAGGUUGAGAGGGUGGUUAAGGAGGGGUUGGAAGGGGGGUAUUGUUUGGCUGUUGUGACGAGGGCGGAGGGGUUGGAGGACGGGGAUAAGAGGGGGGAGUGGGAGUGGUUGGAGUAUGGAGGGGAUAUAUUGCCGUUUAUAUAG